GUCUCACUUCAGAGUAGAUUGUGAGAUGUUUAACUUAAUGUUAACAAGCUAACAAGUUAACAUCAUUUAGGAAUAAGACACAAUUACAACUCUGCCUUUACAGCUGGAGAUAUUGUCAGGAACUUUGGUAACUUUGUGAAAGUUACAGGAGAUCAGGACUGAUGGAUGUAUUUUCAUCUCUGUGGCUUUGCGCUUAUCUCUUUUUGGCUGUACAAGCGAUUGGAGAGCGCCAUUCUCCAACUUUGUCUGCUCCCCAUCGGCAAUACGUAUGUCCUGUUGGGGCCAACGUCACUUUAACAUGUUACCAGUCUGGAUCCGUAACUCACCCGGAGGACAAACAUCCGCACACCUGGGUCUUUACGUCUAACAUCAACGAGCACUGUCACAAUGGCUUACACCCGCGUGGGACAGGUGCCAACAACCGCUCACUCGGUGUAGAAUACAAGUGGGAUGGGCAUCUCUUCUCCAUCACCCUGCAGAACAUCAAGCAGAACGACCAGGGUAGAUACUGCUGCCGGCUUUUGGACAUCCAGACCAAGAAACACAAAACCGAGGUGGAGGCCCAUAACUACAUCUUACUGACUGUGAUGCCAGCUCACAACGGCAGUCUGAAAUGUUCAGAGUUGGUCCAGAAUUCUUCAGAAGAUGCCCUGGCUGAAGGUCUGGCUAUCGCAGCCUGCAUCGCUUUUAUUCUGUGUCUCCCACUCAUACUAAUGCUGGUUUACAGACAAAGACAAGCAGUCGGCCAGCGCAGACGUGCACACGAGCUGGUGCGCAUGGACAGUGCGCAGGGACAUGAAAAUGCAGUGUUUGCUGUCGAUUCUCCCGAGCCUAAACCCCGGACCGUAUCCCAAAUAAUGCGUCAGUCAUCGGAAACAGGACGCCACCUCUUGUCAGACCCUGGAACUCCGUUUUCCCCCAUACAAGGAGACGUCUUCUUCUCUGUGCAGGAACCCAUUCCUGAGUCUCCAAACCUACUUCUUGAUUAAGUAAUGUUCACUCCCAGGAAUGCCUGGUGCUUCUUCCUUCUGUAUACCAUCAUGCAUCUAUCUUCCUGUUUCCUGCAAGGAUGAUUAGGAGUGACCCCUAAAACCAGGAGAUUUCAACUGCUUUGGUGCCCACUAUCUGGUGAUUUCUGCCCAGCGAUGUGAAGGACAAUCCAUAACUUGGUGCAACCAUGAUUCCAAGAGAUGUCGAGGAGAUUUGUGCUGAACGUUUUUAAAGCGUCACGUUGUUUGUGGCUUUGUACCUGCACUUAAACAACUAUUUCUUUUUUGAUCAUAAUCAUGAUCAUAAUUUUUCUAUCAUCCUCUCUUCAAUCUUUCUGUGCUGAAAUACAUGUUCAUCCUCUAUCUUAUCUUCUGUCAGAGAUGGAUCUCGUUCACAUGUGUACUCUGCAGCCACAUUCACUUAAAAAAACUGUUAAACUGCAGUCAAAUUACUUUUCAUAUAAACAAACCACUCUGCUAUUUACACAUACAACUUCUAAUUCUACUACUAAAAUAUGUGUUACAUUUUCAGGAAAGGCUGUAUGUGUGUGAAAUAAUGUAGAGCUUCAGCCUCCCUGUAUCUCAGUGUCUCAAUACUCAGUAUCUCAGUCUACCAGUAACUUAAGUGUCGCAGUUUCCCAGGAUCUCAGUCUCCCAGUAUCUCAGUCUCCCAGUAACUCAGUGUCUCAGUUUCCCAGUUACUCAGUGUCUCAGUCUCCCAGUAUCUCAGUCUCCCAGUAACUCAUUGUCUCAGCCUCGCAAUAACUCAGUAUCUCAGUCUCCCAAUAACUCAGUGUUUCAGCCUCCCAGUAACUCAGUGUCUCGGUUUCCCAGUUACUCUGUGUAUCAGUUUCCCAGUAACUCAGUGUCUCAGUCUCCCAGUAUCUCAGUCUCCCAGUAACUUAGUGUCUCAGUUUCCCAGUUACUAAGUGUCUCAGUCUCACAGUAUCUCAGUCUCACAGUAACUCAGUGUCUCAGUUUCCCAGUUACUCAGUGUCUCAGUUUCCCAGUAACUCAGUGUCUCAGUCUCCCAGUAUCCCUCAGUUUCCCAAGUUUACCAGUAACUCAGUGUCUCAGUCUCGCAGUAUCUCAGUCUCCCAGUAACUCAGUGUCUCAGUCUCCCAGUAUCUUAGUCCCCCUGUAUCUCAGUGACUCAAUACUCAGUAUCCCAGCAACUCAUUGUCUCCGUCUCCCUGAAAUUUUAGUGUCUCAGUCCCUUUGUAUGUCAGUCCCCCCGUAUCUCAGUGCCUCAAUCUCAGUAUCUCAGUCUCCCAGUAGCUCAGUGUCUCAGUUUCCUGCCUCAAUACUCAGUAUCUCAGUCUCCUAGUAACUCAUUGUCUCAGUCUCGCUGUAUUUCAGUGUCUCAGUCCUCAGUACCUGUAUCUCAUUCUCCCUGUAUAUUAAUGUAUUAUUACUCAGUAUCUCAGUCUCCCUGUAUAUUAAUGUAGUAUUACUCAGUAUCUCAGUCUCCCUGUAUCUCAGUAUCUCAAUACUUAGUGUCUCAGUAUCCCUCAGUUAUCCUUUACCACCGAAACGGUGCUGAUAUUGAUGCUCAGCUAGGGAUUCGUUUUGGGAACUUAUUAUAACGUUAAAGGUAAUUUAAUUCAGUGUCUUUAUUGAACGGGGAUAGAUUGAGCACCAGCACUGCAUCAGUGGUAAAAAGAUCUAACACCAUCUCAGCUUGAGACCCGCCGAGAAAAGUGGGGCUGUUUUAAAGCCUCUCGUGGUGAGUGCGGAUCUGUUGUGGUGCUUUUAUCAGGUAUGUAGUUUACAGUAUGCCAUGCACUCUCACAGAGUUUGUGCAAUUUCUUUUGGUAAAUGUUUUAUCGGUGACAAUCAAACCAGUGUCACUUUUUACCAUGUAUGGUUAAAAGGCCACAUCAAGGACACAUAAAAAGGAGAUUUUGUAUAUUUUAUAUCUUUUUUACAUGUGGGAAUGUGUGUGCUUGUGCAGACAAGUGUGUUUUUUUUUUUACUUUCAGCUGGACUGUAAUGUAGAUUGAAAAAAGCAAAGCACUGGUAAACUAUUUCAAGAAGCUUAAAAGUUUAAAUUCACUGCCAUACAGAGUGCCAAAACUUUGCUUUUUUUCUAAAUGAAUGAAUGGAAGGGAUGGAUGGAUCUUAGGUGAAUGUCUGCAAAUUUGCUUUGUAAAUAUGCUUAUGAAAAUGCCACUUUACCACUUUGUAUAUUUUAAGUUGUAUAUUCGAGAUUGAUUUCUGUGUUCCUGUACAAUGUUCAUACCAUAUAUGAUGUAGCUCAAGUGAUAAUGCUGUGCAAUAUGAUUCAACUGCUGAUACAAUCAAAAUUAUUUGCUUAUAUGUCUUUUAAAAAAAAUAAAACAAGAUUUUAAGUUCUCAUAAAA